CCCCAAAAAAAAAAAAGAUUUCUAUUCCCAAGGUAGCAGCCUGCACUGUCCUCGGUUCAGAGAUCAAACUCCAAACUUCGUAUCAGCAAGAAUCCAAUCUCGCACAAAGUCAAAGAAAAUCAGUACAACCAGAAUCUUCGUUAAAAGUAAACCCAGCUCGAAAACUCAGUUCCAAGCUCAAUCUAAUCAAGUUUCAGAAGUUGCAUAAUGUUCCAAAAAUGGCCUUGGAAUUGGAAUGCAAUCAUUAUCACUCUGAUCUUCCUCAAACUCCUCACCAUCUUCAACCGAAAGUCUCACUUCCCAAUCACCUCCACAGCCCCAUCAUCACACCCCUUCAAAUCAAACCAAAGCUUCUCCUGUGCCCCACCACACCACUCUUACCCUUUCUGCAACACUUCCCUCCCCAUCAAAACCAGAGCUCAAUCCCUCAUCUCCCUCUUGACCCUACAUGAAAAGAUCCAACUCCUAGCCAAUAACGCCUCUUCCAUACCCAGACUCGGCUUAUCUUCUUAUGAGUGGUGGUCUGAGUCCCUCCAUGGCAUAGCUUCAAAUGGCCCUGGUGUGUCUUUCAGUGGCCCAAUAAGAGCUGCAACUUCAUUCCCUCAGGUUUUGCUCACCACAGCUUCUUUUAAUAAAAGUUUGUGGUUUUCCGUUGGGCGGGCUAUUGGGUUCGAAGGCAGGGCCAUGUACAAUGAGGGUCAAUCUGGGUUGACUUUUUGGGCACCCAAUAUAAAUAUAUUCAGGGACCCCAGAUGGGGAAGAGGGCAAGAGACCUCGGGUGAGGAUCCUAUGGUGGCGAGUGCUUAUGCUGUUGAGUAUGUGAAGGGGUUGCAGGGUGAGGAUUUGGUUGGUGGGGAUGGUGGCUUCAUGGUUUCUGCUUGUUGCAAGCAUUAUACUGCUUAUGAUUUGGAGAAUUGGGGGGAUUUCCGUAGUUUUAGCUUCAAUGCAAUGGUCUCCAAGCAGGAUAUGGAGGAUACUUACCAGCCUCCAUUUCAGAGCUGCAUUGAGGAAGGCAGAGCUACUUGUUUGAUGUGCUCGUAUAAUCGAGUCAAUGGAGUGCCUUCAUGUGCAGAUCCUGAUCUCCUGCAGAGAGCUCGAAGGGAUUGGGGCUUCAAAGGAUACAUCACGUCAGACUGUGAUGCAGUAGCUGUAAUUUAUGAAGAUCAUAAAUAUGCAAAGGCUCCUGAAGAUGCAGUUGCUGAUGUUAUUAAAGCAGGAAUGGACAUAAAUUGUGGCACAUAUUUAUUCCGGUAUACCCAGUUGGCACUUGAGCAAGGGCAGAUUCAGGAGGAGGACAUAAACCGAGCUCUUUCAAAUUUGUUUUCAGUCCAACUUCUUCUUGGCCUUUUCAAUGGAGACCCUAGUAGGGGACACUUUGGAAAAUUGGGAAGGGAAGAUGUAUGUACUCUGGAACACAAGAAAUUGGCAAUAGAUGCUGCAAGGCAGGGAAUUGUUCUUUUAAAGAAUGAUAAGAAUUUGCUGCCAUUAAAGCAAACGACUAUCACCUCCCUGGCCAUUAUUGGGCCUUCAGCAAAUGAUUCCAGUCAACUGGGUGGUGACUACACAGGUGUACCAUGCAAUCCAAUUAGCCUUUUUGAGGGACUACAACCUUACAUCAAAACAACCUAUGCUAGUGGUUGUGGUGACACACGAUGUAAUUCCAGUGAUGGGUUUGCAGAAGCUGUUCAAAUUUCCAGGGAAGCUGAUGCAGUAGUUGUGGUUGCUGGGCUUGAUCUUUCCCAAGAAGAUGAAGGACGUGACAGGACAAGCCUUCUCUUGCCUGGUAAACAGAUGGAUCUUAUCUCUGCAGUGUCUUCUGCAAGUGAAAGGCCUAUUAUUUUGAUCCUACUUGGUGGUGGACCAAUUGAUGUAUCCUUUGCCAAAGUAAACCCACAAAUUGGAAGCAUUCUCUGGUUAGGAUACCCGGGUGAGGCUGGUGGGCAAGCAGCUGCAGAAAUUAUCUUUGGAGAUUUUAAUCCAGGUGGACGUUUGCCAAUCACUUGGUAUCCUGAAUCAUUUAGCAGUGUGCCCAUGAAUGACAUGAGCUUGCGGCCUGAUCCUUCACGAGGCUAUCCAGGACGAACUUAUAGGUUCUAUACUGGAGAGGUGGUAUAUGAAUUUGGAUAUGGGUUGACAUAUUCCAAUAUUACAUAUAAAUUUAUAUCAGUGCCAGACAAUAUAACGUUAUCGAAUACUGCUAGCAAGUCUGGUCCAAGUAAAUUAACUACUCACAAGACAUUAGAUGGGAUUGAUUAUAUUCAUGUCAAUGAGAUAGCGUCUUGCAAUCUCUUGAAAUUUGAAGUGCAGAUUUCAGUGUUCAACCAUGGUGAUAUGGAUGCGAGCCAUGUGAUAAUGUUAUUUGGCCGAGCAUCCACUUCAAUUAGAGGAGCCCCGCUGAAAACUUUGAUUGAAUUUACCCGUGUACAUACAGAAUCUUUGAAUGCUAUUCAAGUAAACAUUGGAAUUGACCCAUGCAAGCAUUUUAGCAUUGUGAAUGAUGAUGGAGUAAAGAUAUUACCCUUGGGAAAUCAUCUUAUUAUGUUGGAAAGGUUGGAGCAUUCUAUAUCCAUUGGAUUGUAACAUGGACUUGGGAGAGGUUUUUUUGUGUGUGUGUGUACUGGUUCACCUGACUCACCACCUAAUUGGCUGAAGCUUCGCACGGCUUGUGAUGAGGACAUGCUUGUACUUAUCAAUGUAACAUUCAUAGUGAAAUGGACCUAAUUACUUUCAGCUUUCUUCGGUUUAGUUUUCUGUGUACAUCCAUUUGGUUGUUGACAAGAAGGGUAAGAGAAGUGUAAUCCUAAGAGCAAUUGGAGAUUGGAGUAGAAUUCUGAUUUCUGACAUUGCUUUUUUCUCAAUUCCUCAAAAUGCAGCAUGUAUAUUAACUUUUCAA